AUGUCGAAGACUUUCAGUCAGAGUGAUGUUGCAUCGCACAAUAAGCCCGAUGAUCUCUUCGUUGUCGUAGAUGAAGAUGUCUAUGAUCUCACAAAAUUCCAAGACGACCAUCCAGGUGGCAAAAAGAUUCUUACAAGAGUUGCCGGAAAAGAUGCUUCAAAACAAUUCUGGAAAUACCACAAUGAGGGUAUUCUCAAGAAAUACAAGGCAAAGCUACAGGUGGGAUCAUUAGACACAAAGAAAGCCGCCGCACCACCAACACCACCUGCGACUCCUCCACCAGCAAAAGAAGCAGUCAAGCCACAGGCGGAAAGCGGUGCUGUGGUGCCAGCUCCAACAGCCGCUGCAAAGCAGGUUGAGGAGGAGUCGGAACCAUUGGAUCCGUAUGGUGAUUUGAUUCCGUUUGCGGAUCCAUCGUGGUAUCAGGGUUACCACUCGCCAUAUUUCAAUGAGACGCAUGCUGCUCUCCGCGAAGAAAUCCGUGAAUGGGUAUCAGCCGAAAUCGAACCAAAUGUCGGUGAAUGGGACGAGGCACGAAAAGUCCCAGAGGAAAUAUACAAACAAAUGGGAACUCGAGGAUAUUUGGCUGGCUUGAUGGGUAUGCAUUAUCCAACUCAAUACACAGAGAAUAGAAUCAAGAGCGUGGCGCCCGAGAAAUGGGAUUUGUUCCAUGAAAUGCUUCUCACAGAUGAAUUGUCGCGUGCGGCAAGUGGUGGAUUUGUGUGGAAUGUCAUCGGAGGGUUCGGAAUUGGUUGUCCGCCUUUGGUUAAAUUUGGAAAGAAACCUUUGGUCGAGAGAAUUUUACCGGGGAUCUUGAACGGUGAUAAGAGAAUUUGUUUGGCUAUUACGGAGCCAGAUGCUGGUUCUGAUGUUGCGAAUUUGACUUGUGAAGCUAAGCUGACUGAAGAUGGAAAACAUUAUAUCGUCAAUGGUGAAAAGAAAUGGAUCACUAAUGGUAUUUGGUGUGAUUAUUUCACAACUGCGGUUAGAACCGGAAAGGAUGGCAUGAAUGGUGUCAGUGUUCUUCUUAUCGAGAGAUCGGCUGGUGGCGUUAGCACGAGAAAGAUGGAUUGUCAAGGUGUUUGGUCUAGUGGAACUACAUAUAUCACAUUUGAGGAUGUGAAGGUUCCAGUUGAAAAUCUUAUCGGAAAGGAGAACCAAGGAUUCAAAGUCAUCAUGACCAACUUCAAUCAUGAGAGAAUCGGUAUCAUCAUCCAAUGUCUCCGUUUCUCCCGUGUCUGUUACGAGGAAUGUGUAAAGUACGCACAUAAGCGUCGCACAUUUGGCAAGAAACUCAUUGACCACCCUGUCAUCCGCCUCAAGCUCGCUCACAUGGCCCGUCAAAUCGAAGCCUCAUAUUCUUGGCUUGAAUCUCUCAUCUACCAAUGCUCAAAGAUGGGAGAGACAGAAGCUAUGUUGAGACUUGGUGGGCCAAUCGCAGGUCUCAAGGCUCAAGCUACUGUUACCUUUGAAUUUUGUGCCAGAGAGGCAAGUCAAAUCUUUGGAGGUCUAAGUUAUAGUCGUGGUGGACAAGGUGGAAAGGUAGAGAGACUUUACAGAGAUGUUAGAGCUUAUGCCAUUCCCGGAGGAAGUGAGGAAAUUAUGUUGGAUCUGAGUAUCAGACAGAGUUUGAGAGUCGGAAAAGCAUUGGGAAUGAAAUUGUAA